UCUCAGAUUUGCUACCCAUUGUUACGUUGCCGUCGGUGGGCCGUCCGUCAAACUUGACGGUCCAGCCACACACACAUAUAUGCCUAUAUAUAGAGAGUUAUAUAUACAGGUGUAUAUGUAUAUACACAUGUCAGUUCGCCUUGGACCCCUGCCAAGCAAGCCGCCGCCCUCCUCCCCCCCCCUGGCACUGCCCCUCCAUCGGCCAUCGGAGCGAAGCGAGGAGUUACCUACCUUGGUACGUAUGCAAGUCGCAUAUGUACCCAAGUAAUCGAAAACGCAAUCUCGCUAUUCGUCCCAAUCGUCCCACCCCCACCAUGACUCUUUCGUUGGCCUAAUGCUAGUGGGCGCAUCUUGUGGUUUCUUGCAUUUCUUAUGAGUAGAUCCCGCAGCUUCGAGGUCCAACUCUCUCGCCGGAGAAAAAAAAAAAAAAAACCACACACACACCCGCACACCCGCACAAUGCCCGUAAGCACACAGACACCUCGAUUUAUCCGGUAUCCCGAGAAGGCCGGGCUCGCAAAGCUGACUCGUGCGAAGAAUUUCUACAUCGAGAACAAGGAUGUGGGCAACAGGACCGCUUGCGAAGAUUGGAGAAUCCGCGGUUGCAAUCCGCUGAUGCCUCCGGAUCUCCUCCAACACGAAAUCCCCCAGACCGCCGGAUCGAGGAAGACGGUGCUCGAGAGCCGCGAGGAGGUGGUGUCCGUAGUCAACGGUACCGAUGACAAACAGAGGCUUCUCGUCAUCAUCGGUCCCUGCUCCAUCCACGACCCGAAGUCGGCCCUCGAAUACUGCGAUAUGCUAUUGCAGGAAAAAGAAAAGCACAAAGACGAGCUGCUCAUUGUCAUGCGAGCUUAUCUCGAGAAGCCGAGGACGACGGUGGGCUGGAAAGGCCUGAUCAACGACCCUGAUAUCGAUAACAGCUUCAACAUCACCAAGGGCUUGCGCAUGUCGAGGCAGCUCUUCGUCGACCUGACCGACAGGGGGAUGCCGAUUGCCAGCGAGAUGCUAGAUACGAUCUCGCCGCAGUUCUUAGCAGAUGUUCUCUCGGCCGGCGCGGUGGGCGCCAGGACAACGGAGAGCCAACUGCAUCGAGAGCUAGCUAGCGGCCUAUCGUUCCCGGUAGGCUUCAAGAACGGCACUGACGGGACGCUGAGCGUCGCCAUCGACGCAAUCGGCGCCGUCAGACACCCGCAUCACUUCCUCUCCGUUACCAAGCCCGGGGUCGUAGCCAUAGUCGGCACCGUCGGCAACGAGGAUUGCUACGUCAUCCUCCGGGGCGGAAGCCGUGGCACCAACUACGAUGCGAAGAGCAUCGCAGAUGCCAAAGCGUCCUUGGCGAAGGCGGGUUUGCGGCAGCGGCUCAUGGUGGAUUGCAGCCAUGGCAACUCGUUGAAGAAUCACAGAAAUCAGCCCAAGGUCGCCGCCGAGUUGGCAGAGCAAAUCUCCAAAGGCGAGACGGGCAUCAUGGGCGUCAUGAUCGAAAGCCACAUCAGCGAAGGCAGUCAGAAGGUGCCAAAGGAAGGCAAGGCUGGACUCCAGUACGGUGUUAGCAUCACAGACGCAUGCAUCGGAUGGGAGGAUACAGUAUCAGUCCUGGCCAACCUCGCCAACGCUGUGAAGGAGCGGCGGGAAAUAGCGCAAGCCAAUGGCCACGAGUAGCAGAAACGGUUAGAUGGCGGGAUUUUGUAGCGUUUGAAAAAGGAGAGGCGAAAGGAGGGGAGGCGACGCUAGGCUUGUUGUUAUUUUCUCUUGCCGUGUACAAUACAGUUGAGGUGGUUUGCAGAGAAUGGGAGAUAUCCCAAAAAGAAGGAAAAGUGGCAGCGAGGGGAUGGAAACAUGUGUGCACUACGGACGCCGUACGAGGGCAAGGCGGGAUGGAGGGGUUACCAGCUUCCCCUUCAGCCGCACCAGCUGACGUCUGCUGCGGUCACUUGAGGUACCCGCCUCAGGUACCUACCUCCUAGGAGGUAGGUA